AUUGGAUCACUCAAAAAUCACUACCUGUUCAGACAUAAAAGCCAUCCAAGGCGGUCUCGACGAAGUGCCGUUCAUAUCACUAAAAGACUUUCUGAUGAUGAGCGGGUGUCAUGGGCAGAGCAGCAAUAUGAAAAAAAGCGGACUAAGCGUGCCACUGUGAGAGACUUGGCAGCAAAUCUGUUCAAUGAUCCUAUGUGGAAUCAGCAGUGGUAUCUGCAAGAUACAAGAAUAAUUCCAUCCCUGCCCAAACUGGAUCUCCAUGUUAUUCCUGUAUGGCAAAAAGGGAUUACAGGCAAGGGUGUUGUCAUCACAGUCCUAGAUGAUGGCUUGGAGUGGAAUCACACCGACAUCUACACCAACUAUGAUCCAGAGGCAAGUUAUGAUUUCAAUGACAACGAUCAUGAUCCCUUUCCUAGAUAUGACCCAACAAAUGAAAACAAGCAUGGGACACGGUGUGCAGGAGAAAUUGCCAUGCAAGCCAACAACAGAAAAUGUGGUGUUGGAGUAGCCUACAAUUCCAAAGUUGGAGGUAUACGAAUGCUGGAUGGAAUAGUCACUGAUGCUAUUGAAGCCAGUUCCAUCGGUUUCAAUCCAGAACAUGUGGAUAUUUACAGUGCAAGCUGGGGCCCUAAUGAUGAUGGUAAAACUGUGGAGGGGCCUGGGAGACUGGCACAGAAGGCUUUCGAGUAUGGGAUAAAACAGGGCCGAAGUGGGAAAGGCUCAAUUUUCGUAUGGGCUUCAGGGAAUGGAGGCCGGCAGGGUGACAACUGUGACUGCGAUGGCUACACUGAUAGUAUCUACACUAUCUCCAUUAGCAGUGCUUCUCAGCAAGGCCUUUCUCCCUGGUAUGCAGAGAAGUGCUCUUCAACUCUGGCCACAGCAUACAGCAGUGGGGAUUAUACUGACCAAAGAAUUACAAGUGCUGAUCUUCACAAUGAAUGUACAGAGACUCACACUGGGACCUCUGCCUCUGCGCCACUGGCAGGAGGAAUUUUUGCUCUAGCGCUGGAAGCAAACCCAAACCUAACAUGGAGGGAUAUGCAGCACUUGGUUGUGUGGACCUCGGAAUACGAUCCACUGGCUGGAAAUCCAGGAUGGAAAAAGAAUGGAGCAGGACUGAUGGUCAACAGCCGAUUUGGGUUUGGACUACUCAAUGCCAAUGCGCUGGUAGAUUUAGCUGAUCCCAAAAAAUGGAAAGGUGUACCAGAAAAGAGAGAGUGUAUUGUCAAAGACAAAAGCUUUGGACCAAG